CUUUCAUCCCAAUGGCCACAGCUCCUGCUGCCGUUUCCCUCCCCAUCUCCCAGAUUGGUGCAGCUCCAGUGACUGCAGGAUCUGCAACCAUCCCCUGUCCAGCUGUGGAGAAGCCUGCUAGUGUCAUGGUCUUUGUAUUAGAGCAGUAUCUUGGCAUCCUAAUGGAGAUUGUGAGCCCGUUGUGUUGAGAGCUGCCUGCAUGCACUGUGAGAAGGUCUCUACCCUGAAGAGCUCCCAGUGUAAAUAGACCAAACAGACAGUAUGCUUUCAGGAGAUGUUUUUCCUGCCUGGGGUCUCCAUCCAGAGAGGGAACAAACAAAGAGAGCACAGACAAAACCUCCAUCCAAAUUUGAAAGUAUCUUCAUUCCCCAUUGGUGGUUCUGGUCAGGUGCCAACUAGGUUAAUUGAACUGAUUAACCUCUUACCGGUAAGGCAAUUCAGUACAGCUGCCUUGUGUAUAUUUAUGACAGACACACUGAGAUUCAAAAAGUUAACGCUUUAUCAGUGGUUAAAAUACAAAUUGUCUAGAUCAUGUUAGGCGAAAAGAUUCUUUUCCCCAAGAAUCAGGCAGGCACAGACAAUACUGAAGGAGGUUUCUUCAUGGUACCAGGAAGACUCAUAAACAGCUUCAGAAGUGUAGUGCUACAGUGACCAAUUACAUACCUUUCUCUUAUCACCUCAUUUGCAUUUAUCUUGUUCAUACAGAGACAAACAUUGUUUCUUCGAGUGCUGUCCCUGUGAGUGCUUCACUCUAGGUGACAGUGUGUCCCGGCGCCGUUGAUCGGAGAUUUUCGGUAGCAGUGCCAUGACAGUGACAGGAACAGAACAUAUGCAUCAAACUGUUUUGAUUACAUCAAUUAUUCAUGAUUACCUUAAGGGAAGAGAAAAGGAGUCUCUGGCCGGAUCCCCCCCGCGGGAGGUUUCUGUCCGCACUGCUGGGGCUGCAGGAUAUCGUCCUGGUUGAGAAAUGGCUGCUGUGGAACCAGCUCAGGACCAGGCGCAAUGGGCAAUCGCCAUGGCUGGGAUGUGGGGUGAACCCCGUGCCCUGGGAGGACAUUGUGGGAUCCCAGUCCAGCAUCCCAAGAAGGAGGAGAGCGAGGCUGAGGAGCAGAGCCCUGGCUGGUCCUUGUCCCCGCGGACGCCGUUCCAGUCCUGGCUGGGGUGCUCGGAGAGGGAAGAUUCUCCAUUGAGGACGGCGCAAACACCUCCCCGGUCUUGGGAAGGGGCAGACAUUGCUGGCCUUGAGCAAACGAUGCCGUCCCGUGACUUGCCUCACAGGGACGAGGAUCCUUCGUUCCCCUGGGAGGCAUCUGAGACCUGCGGCUCCAUGGGGACAGGCCCCACCAGGGGCCGUGCCAAGGGCAAGGUGGCCGUUUCAGAGCAGGCCAGCGAGGAAGCCCAUCGGUUGCAGUUCCGCUCAGGCGCUGCCCAGCCCGGAGAAGCUCCCUGGGAGAUGCUAGCCCGGUUCAGCCGGGCUGCUCGGCUCUGGCUACAGCCCGGGGAGCGCACCAAGGAGCAAAUUUUGGACGUCGUCGUGCGGGAGCAGUUCCUGGGGGCGCUGCGGGCAGAUGUGCGGGCCUGGGUGAUGGCGAGGAAGCCCCGCAGCUGUGAGGAGGCGGCUGCGCUGGCUGAAGCCUGCCUGGGGCAAGGGCAGUCGACCCAGCCUGCUCAGGGGGCGGUGACCUUCGAGGAGGUGGCUGUGUAUUUCACGGAGGAGGAGUGGGCUGUGCUGGACCCCGGUCAGAGAGUCCUCUACAGGGACGUCAUGCAGGAGAAUUACGAGAGCGUGACCUCGCUGGCAGGAUUUCUCAUUCCCAAACCCGACAUGAUCUCCCGGCUGGAGCGAGGGGAAGAGCCAUGGGUCUCAGAUCCCCAGGGCUCCGAGGAAAGGGGGAGCCUGAGCAGUGCCUGCAUAGGAUUUCCAGUUUCCAAGCCUUUUGUGAUUUCCCCGUUGAAAGGGGAGGGUGAGCCAUGGGUCCCCUAUCUGCAUGACUCUGAGGAGAAGAUGAGCCCACAGAGCACCUGUGCAGGUGAGGAACCCGCUCUACUGACACAUACCAUCACAGGUGAGGGUCUAGCCUGUGAAAAUGCUCAGGACCAGGGUCCCCAGCAAGUGGAGCCGCGCAGGACGCCGUCCGCGAAAUCCAAAGGGAACGCUUCCUGGAUGGCAACGCAGGGGGAGCCACACCUGACGUCAUCAAUGAAAUGCGAAGGGGGUCGUGAGCAGGAGGACAUAUGUGCGAGCUGGGGUGGAUUGGAAGGGCAGGAGGGAGCCCAGCCCACUUCCCCCGGGGGAGGCAGCAUGGGCCACAGAUACAUCCAGGUCCUGCUGAGCCUCCAGCCGGAGCAGCAGCAGCAGCAGCCGUGCCCCGAGUGUGGGAAGAUCUUCGUUGACAGCGCUCACCUCCUGCGCCACCAGCGGCUGCACGCCCUGGAGAAACCCUUCCCCUGCCCCGACUGCUGGCGGGGCUUUCUGCGGCGCUGCGACCUAUCUGUCCACCGGCGCUCCCACACCGGGGAGAUCCCCUUCCCCUGCCCUGACUGCGGGGAGGGGUUCCUGCGCCGCUGCGACUUGGCCGCCCACCGCAAGAGCCACAUGGGGGAGUGGCCCCACCAGUGCCCCAAGUGCGGACGGCGCUUCCGCAAGCGCUCCGUCCUGGUCAACCACCAGCGCACCCACCUGCAAGACGAUCGCUACAAGUGCCCUGACUGCGGCCAGGGCUUCAAGUGGCCCAGCCAGCUGGAAAUGCACCGGUACAGCCACAUGGAGGAGAAACGGCACACCUGCUUCAAGUGCGGGGAAAGCUUCAGCCAGCGCUCCCACCUCCUGGCCCACCAGGGCAGCCACCUCGGAGACGCCCCUUACCACUGCUCCGACUGUGGGAAGGGCUUUGCCCAGCACCCCGACCUCAUCCUCCACCGGCGGAGUCACACUGGUGACCGGCCCUUCCACUGCCCGCAGUGCGGCAUCGGCUUUGGCCGCAGCUCAGACCUCAGGAACCAUCAGAGCGUCCACGCGGGCCAGCAGCCCUACAAGUGCCCCCUGUGCGGGAAAGGCUUCCAGGAGAGGGCGCACCUGGCCGCCCAUCAGAAAAGCCACGGCGGGGAGGAUUUCUACCUCGGCCUUGCCGCAGUUUGGAUGGGGUGAGCGCUGGCCAGCAUCCGGCUCACCGGUCAGGAGCCAGCAGCAGCCAGUCCUGACCUGACAGUGAUGCUCUGGCUCUGCCUGGCCUAGCAAUUUCCAGGCGAAGCCUUGAUUGGCACAGCUGCCCGCUGAGCUGCCACUGGGGAAGGGAUUGUCAGCGAGCCGCCUUGUGCCCAGAAGGCCACUGCUGUUUGUAUUAGAGUACCAUCUACGCCCCACCGUGCAUCAAAUAAAAUUCCUGCCAGAAAGUAUGUACCAGCAGUACCCAUGCUACUAGAUUGGUCCAGGAAGCCCUUGUCUCUAUGGUUUAACUUUGCCAUGCUAACUGUUCAGCCUGUCAGCACUCAUGGUGGGGGGCAGCCUCAGCUUGAGGGGCUUGAUUUAUUUUUGAGAGUUUCAACUCUAAGGGCUUCCUCAUUUUUGAGCCAGGUAAAAGUUUCACCAAGAUGGUGUAAUACCUGCAGGCUGUGGAGCAGGGACUUGAAAUUUGGUGGGGGUGGGUCACCCUCAUGUCUGGACCCGGCUUUUCCCACCCCUAUAAAAAAAAAAUCCACCCGAAUCUGCCACCGCUAUAAGCUGCCAAACAGCUCGCACGUGCUCAGUAGAAGGGACUUGAAGAGUUUUGCAGCUAAAUGCUGAUAAGAUUCUGUCUGCACUGAGCAUGUGCCAGCCUCACAGCUCUUACACGCCAACCAGAUCUCCCCCCUAAGGGCACACGCUCAGAGCAGGAUGGUCUGUGUCUGCUCCCUGCAGGAGGAGUGCCCAGCUAAGUUCCCUCUAAGCUGCAUGGCCACACAGCAGCCUCUUAAGUGCCGCAAAAUGGAGAGAUGCUUCUCCCCUAGCCCGGGCCUGCCGCAGCCAGGGGAGAGGUGCCUCUCCCCCCACAGCCCAUGUGCUGCUGCAGGGAGAGAGAGCUGGGGAGAGUCCUCUCUCCCUGCUGUAGCCCUGGGACAGCCUGCACCUCAAACCCCUCAUCUCCCCACACUCCAGCCCUGAGUCCCCUCCCACACUCUGAACCCCUUGGCCCCACCCCGCUGCACAUAAAUUCAUUCCACGCAUGUGUGGGAAAAAUUAGAAGGAACACUGGUGCCCACUAUUAUAUGGCACCCACAGGCACUCGCUUGCUCCCCACUCAGUCACGUGGCUCAGUUUAUGCCCCCGACACAGUCUUGAAAAGAUAUUCCCUUUGCUGCAGCCUUGUCUGCCCCCCGUGGCCACUGCCCCGCUAGUGGUCACACCAGUGCCAGCACUUGCCCGUGCACCUUCUGAGUCUAGGGUGGGCGCAAGCAAUGCUAUGCUACGCCGAACCUCAUCAGUGCUAGGAGUGUGCACCAGCGCAGCUACACCCCAUCGCAGACAAGGCCUCGGCCAGGUAUGGAAACUUACUCUGCUUACCUGGCAUUGAGACGGGCGGCCAGAGGAGCUAUCGUGUUAUGCACUCAGGAAGGCACCAGAUGGGGAAAGCUGGGUUCUAGCGCCCUCAGUGCCCUUAAACCAGUCACGAAAGCAGCUCAGCCCAGGUUACAGCAGGACAGAGCUGCAGUCCCUCCAAGGGGACGUAGCAGUGUUCAGCCCAAGCACUGUGAAUAUCCAUUAGUGCUGUCAUUAACCACAUAAAUGGAUUAGCCGUCACACUCAGCGCACCCCUACUGCCCUCACCUGCUGCAGUGGAUGAGGGAGGCUCCUG